AUGUCCCCUGCCAGAAGCUUCAAGUCUCCGAGGGAACGCCCACCCUUGACAGUCACGAUUGGGGAUGGCACCUCACCCUCCCCAGUCAGCGGUGGCAAAGUGCCUUACCUGGUGGACACAGUCACGCCGAAGACUCGCCGCGUUUCCAAGCUCUCUCUCAGCGAGGACAUGCAGGAAACCAGCGAGGAGGAGAGUGUCAGCUCUGCAGUGGACUCUGAAGCCCUUGCAGAUACUGCGGCCUCGGACCGGCGUACGCAGAGCCCGGCAAAGCAGCGGCGCAUUCCGGCGCUGUGGCGCACUGUGCAGCAGCUGCGCAAGGGCAGCAGCAACAGUGCCGGUGGCAGCCCGGCGGAUCAUCAUACCAGGCGCACGCUGGCCGCCUCGCCGCAGAAAUCGGCGGGUGCCACAGUCGCGUCACCGGAGCGGAAGUUGCUCACGCCGCGAGCCCCUGAGCCCCUGCCUGAGGAGGAAGUUUCCUGCAGCGCGGGCCAAUCGGAGCGGCCGAGCGCGUCCGGACGCGGGGGACCGGAGAAAGCGCUAGAUGCACUGCUGUUGGCCGCGCCGAACAAGGGCGAGGUGCAGCCCUGGGUGUGGCUUCUGGGGGCCGUGGCUCAGCGCUGCUGCAUCACCAGCAUGCAUGCAGGCGUUUCGUACCUGGCGCGGGUGGCCAAGUAUGUGGCAUGCGAGGAGGAGUGGCUGCGGCUGCUGGUACAGGAGCUGACACCUGUCAUGGCCCACCUGCACGACCAGGAGCUGCCACUCAACACGAUGCAUGCACUGGAGCGGGUGGCUGACAGGGCGCUGCAAGUAGGGGAGGCGGCUGUGUGCAGCUACCGCAGCCACCGCUCCUCCCAGGCCCAGAACGCUGCCAUCCUCUACCAGGCGGUGCGGCUGAUAACGCUGCUGACCUCGUGCGGCACGAAGGACGGCGGCGGCAUGGGAGAAAUGUUCGAGGUGCACCUCAACUCUGCCGCGGUUCAGCGAUUUCACUCCCUGCUCUCCACGCUCGGGGCCCCUAAGGUGACGCCGACGAGCCCCAGCAUGGCGCAGCCGUCUGAGGGGAACGCUGUGGGUGGAUUAGUCGUGGUGGUGGAUCAAUUAGUACAGGACGUGGCUGAGGAUGCUGAAGUCUACCAGCAGGCGUUCCCUGACACCUCCCCAGUGUCACUACCUGCCAUCUCCGCUAGGGUGUACUGCCAGCAGCUGCGGCCGGCGCUGGAGGCGGUACUCUCGCAGCAGCCGCCGGCCAACCGCGCAUUUUUCGACCUGUUACAGGCCGUGCACGCACUCGAGCGCCACGCCCUGCGCUACUGCCCCUCCGUGCUGGGGUCGGAGGGUGCAUUUGUGGAUCAGGAGGGAACGCCGCUGUUCCAGCCGCAUGUUGAGGCCUGGCUCAAAGCCAUGCGCUCCAAACUCGCGCAGUGGUCCGGGCGCCUGCUCGCCCAGGAGACGUGGACGUCGGUGUCGGAGGGCGGCGUGCGCUGCAGCAAGGCCUUGGUCGACAUGUACACGGCGCUGUGCUCAGUGGCCGAGGAGAAUGCCGGAGUGGCGGCUGCCCACAUCGCGUACGCUGCGCUGCUGGAAAAGGCGCUGUCCAAAGUUGCCCUGCAGCAUGUGGUCUCCCUGGAGAAACUCUGCCAGGAGCAGCUGGCGCCGGUGCAGGGGACAGUGACGGCGCAGCUGAUGCGGCUGCGGAUGGGAGGAACGCCCCCGCAGCCCAAACUCUGGCGACCCUCCAGGCGGCUGUGCGCAGUCCUCAAUGACCUGCGCGAGGUGCGGUGCAAGCAUUCGGACCUAACUGCGGCGGUGCGCGGAUGCCUGCCGGCGGCAUGGUGGGGCGCUGAUGCCGGAGGAGGCUACGCGCUCGGAAGCCGCCUGCAGCUGUGCCAGGUGGAGAUCGAGCGCCGGUUUGCAUUCGUACUGCACCACACGGUCAAGCGGCUGAUGGACUCCAUUGCCCCAGUCCUCUCCCAGAGCCUGGAGGAGGGGCCGGUCCCCACGCCGGCCCGGCCACCGCCUCUGAAGGGCCCCCCGGCGGUGACGGCGCCGGGGGACCCGUCCCCGGCGGCGCCCCUCGACGACCGCGCCGAGCCCGUUACGGACGCGCUGAGUCAGCACCUGCAGUUUCUGUCCCCUGCCCUGGACCCCCGAGUGCUGCGGCGCGCUGCGAGGGAGCUCUGGAAUUCAUGCGCCGGGUGCCUGCAUGACCGGCUGCUGGACGGAGGGAACGGCAGCGACGGAGGCGGCGGCCAGUGCAACAGCCUCGGCCGCGUCGGGCCGCGCCUGCUGCAUGCAGACGCCAUGCUCAAGCGGCUGACGGGGUGGUUCACUGGGGCGGCUGGUGUGGAGCUGACGGAAGCUGACGAGCCGGACAAGGCGCGCAAGCUGCGCAAGAUGCUCACCCUCUUCCUGCAGGCGCGCAUCUGCGACGCAGUUGCAUCCGAGAGCACGUCAAAGAUAGCUUUCUUCCAGUACCAGAAUGAGGACUUUGCCACCCCAAUAUGGGUGGAAGACAGCGCCCCAGUGGACCUGUCAUUUUUUCCAGACGGCACGCUGGAGCGGCCAGUGCGCAUCUCAAUUUAUAUGGAGUCGUUCAAGAUUCCCUCUGAUGUUGCUUGCAAGGAUGCGGCUGAGGCAGACGCCUGUGAGGCUUCACCUGCUGCGAAGGCUGCUGCAGAUGCUCCAGAGGGGGAGUGGGAUGUCGUCAGCCGUGGUGGGGCGAGUGACACGUAG